AUGGGUCGAUACUGCCACAGACAUUGUCGAAAUGUUUAUAAAAGUUGUGAACGAUGGGCACUAGAGGAUAAAUGUGAACAAGUACGUACUCAAACAAACUUCUUCGAUAUUAAUUGCGCGGUGAGCUGUCAACAGUGUAUACCGGAUCCCAAACAUAUUUUAAGUAAUAUUCCGGUGCCGCCAACACUGGAACCGUUGCAAUUUAUGGUAGGUCGAUGGUAUUCAGUGGCAUCGAAAGGUUUUCGAUAUCCAACAGACAUGUAUUUAAAUAGCUAUGAAGAAUUGCUGGAUAUUGUGCCUGCUGAAGUGCCAAUGUUUGGAACUCCAUCAUUUAAUUUUACAAGUAUUUGCCGGAGUGGAAAUGAUACCCGUGUGGUGCGUGGUUUUCUAACACUUAGAGCGAAUUCAUUCCCAAUAGAAGUGGCCGUUUUGAGUUCAUCCAAUGAAGGUCUAACCAUGGUUGAACUUGGUACGAUGAGUGGUCAUAUUGUUACACUGAAUAUAAGUUAUAUGCAAGUUCAUCCCAGUUUGGAUAGUUCAAUUUUACCUCUUGGAGCAACCAGACGUUUUCGGCGUAAUGGACAAUUUCUGGAGAUGAUUGUUGCCAAACUGUUUCCACACAACAAGAUUACACAGUAUAAGAAAAUGUUUCGUAAGACACAAAGUUAUCCCUUGUAA